UCCUUCCAUACCUCCUCACUCCCUUUCUCUCCCUCGGCUUACAGUAUACACCUAUCUUCCACAAGCAUCAGCAGUCUCUCCUUCAGUCUCCGCGAUAUUCAGCGCUACUACGGCGCAAAACAUGGCAUUACUGCACACUGAAGAACCGGUCUCCGCCGCUGCGCACCUCUGCGUCUUUCUGUUGAUCACCUCGGCCUGGAUGGCCGUGCCGGGACCCGUGCGCUGUGACAGCGGGGUUUUAAACCGGCGCGGCGGAGAGGACCGUACGUUUGACAUGGGGGGAGGAGACGGAGGAACCUCGCCGGGCUUACCGACGGACGGUGACGAGGAAGCCGUCGGCGCCGAGAGCUCACCCCGCUUCAGGAGAGCGCUGUCCCGGGAAAAACAAAUGACCCUGCUCAGCAGCUCGUUCGUACUCAAAGGGGAUGCUACCCACAACCAGGCGAUGGUCCACUGGACAGGAGAGAACAGCAGCGUCAUCCUGAUCCUGACCAAGUACUACCACGCUGACUCCACCAAGGUGCUGGAGAGCUCACUGUGGAGGUCUACUGACUAUGGCACCACCUACAGCAAACUCAACCUGAUGCCAGGGACAACUAUAGUGGUGACCAGCUUCUACAUCUGCCCAAAGAACAAAAAAAAGGUAGUGCUGGUAGGUUCAACCAUAAAUGAAAGAGAUCAGAUGCUGUUCAUCAGCACAGACGAAGGUUCCUCCUUCCAGCGACAGUCCAUCUUCUUCAACCCGGACACGCUCAUCUUCCACCCAAAGGAAGAAGACAAGCUCCUGGCCUACUGUAAAGAUGGCAGGCUCUUUGCUUCGAUAGACCUGGGCCGCAAGUGGACUUUGCUUCAGGAGCGGGUGACCAAAGGCAAAGUCUUCUGGUCAGUAUCUGAUGUAGAUGUGGACCCUGAUUUGGUGCACAUGGAAAUGCAAGACACAAGUGGAGGUUACCUGUAUGUUACCUGUCUCAUCCAGAACUGUUCGGACAAAAUGGUGACUGCUCAGUUUCUUGGCAAAAUCGACCACAACUCACUGCUGGUGCAGGACAACUACAUAUUUGUAAAGGUCACCACAGGAAAUCCUACCAAGCACUACGUGUCCUAUCGGCGCAAUGAGUUCGUCCAGAUGAGAUUUCCCAAGUAUGCCUUGCCAAAGGAUGUUCAGAUAGUGAGUACAGAUGAGAACCAGGUCUUCCUCGCUCUCCAGGAGUGGUACCAGUCAGACACAUAUAACCUGUACCAGUCUGACCCCCAGGGCAUCUACUACUCCAUUGUCCUGGAAAAUGUUCGCAGCACCAAGCAGCCAGAGGAGAAUGUCCUCAUCGACAUUCUUGAGGUGCAUGGAAUCAAAGGAGUCUUUCUGGCCAAUCAGAAGAUCAAUGGCAAAGUGACAACUCUCAUCACCUAUAACAAAGGGCAAAACUGGGAACCGUUGGUCCCACCUACCACUGACAUGAAUGGCAAGCCGAACAGCUGCAAAGCACCGGACUGUCAACUCCACCUCCACCUACGCUGGGCAGACAACCCCUACGUGUCUGGGACAGUCCACACCAAAGACUCUGCUCCAGGUCUCAUCAUGGGUGCUGGUAACCUUGGCUCCAAGCUAGUAGAGUAUAAGGAAGAGAUGUACAUCACUUCAGACUGCGGGAAGACAUGGAGACAGGUUUUCGAGGAGGAGCAUCACAUCCUGUACCUGGACCACGGUGGGGUCAUUGUUGCCAUCAAGGACACCUCUAUUCCCCUCAAGAUACUCAAGUUUAGUAUCGAUGAAGGCCGGACGUGGACCAUUCACAACUUCACCAGCACCUCCGUGUUUGUCGAUGGACUCCUGAGUGAGCCAGGAGAUGAGACUCUGGUUAUGACUGUGUUUGGGCACAUCAGCUAUAGGUCAGACUGGGAGUUGGUCAAAGUGGACUUCAGGCAGUCUUUCCCCCAUCAGUGUACAGAGUCUGAAUACGAGCUCUGGAAGCUCACAGACCUGCAGGGAGAGAAGUGCAUUAUGGGCCAGGAGCGGAGUUUCAGGAGAAGGAAGGACACAGCAUUCUGUAUCAAAGGAAAAAGCUACACAUCAGCUCUCACCACCAAACCUUGUCAAUGCACAGAGAGAGACUUCACCUGUGACUAUGGUUUUGAACGGUCCCCAACGGAAGGCAAUCGCUGCUUUGCUGACUUCUGGCAUAAUCCAGAUUCACCGCCUGAAGACUGCCAUCUAAAACCAACCUAUACAUCCAGCACUGGCUACAGGAAGGUGAUAUCUAACAUGUGUGAAGGGGGGCUUAACAAGCAGCACAGUACCAAACAGCACAACUGCCCUCUUUUGCCCCCGAAAGGACUACAGGUCGGCAUCAAAGGUCAGAUGUUGGCCGUGGCUCCUGGUGAUGACAUCACAUUCAUUGUCCACCAGCAAGAGGGCGACACCGGCAGCACUAGGUACCAGGUGGACCUCGGCGACGGGGUUUGGGCAAUCUACCAGAACCUGACAGUGACAGAUGAUCACAUCCAGCAUCGUUACAAAAAUCCAGGCGUUUACAAGGUCACUGUGAAGGCCGAGAACAUGGCAGGGCAAGACGAGGCCACCAUGUACAUCCAGGUCACAGCCCCCCUACAGGAAGUGCACCUGGAAGUGGUACCUAUCAUUGGUAGAAACCAUGAGGUUAAUCUGACAGCCAUAGUCCUUCCAACUGAGGCCAACCUGUCUGUCUUCUACUGGUGGCUUGGAGACAACCAGCGGCCUACAUUGACUCUGCAGAGCAGCCUUUUGACUCGUUUCCCAGAGACAGGCGAGGUUUCAGUCACUGUCCAGGCUUCUAAUGGCCGAUCUAUGGUGCAGGAUACCAGGACAGUUCGAGUCUACGAUAACUUUCAGGUCAUCCCUCUGAGUUUCAGCACAAGCCUGGACAACUUCAACCCCAACAUUCCAGAGUGGAGAGAGGACAUCGGCCAGGUGGUCACCAAAAUACUCAUUAAGACCACAGGUGUCCCUCUGGAGUCCCUGGUUACAGUGGUGAAGCCAGGCCUCCCCACCACUGCUGACUUGUACGUCCUGCCACUGGACAGGAAACCAGCUAAGACGAGCAUGUUUAUAGAUAAGCGUAUUCCAGCCAUCAUACGAGCUUUCAACGGCAACAAUGUCAGCUUUGUUGUGCGCGGAGGACUACAAGUGCUGGUGAUGCUAGCAGACCCGAACGCAGGGCUAGGUCUAAUUGCUAAUGACUCAACAGAUACAGCAGCAGUAACUGGCUACCAUGGAGUUGUUGGAGGUCCAGGUUUUUGGGCUCUAGCAGUGAUUUUCUCAAUCAGCAUCAUCACCGGCUCCUUCAUACUUUACAAGUUCAAAAGGAAGCUCCCAGGUAGCCGCAACGUCUACGCUCAGAUGCACAACGAGAAGGAGCAGGAGAUGACCAGCCCUAUCAAUCACAGCGAGGACACCCAGCAUAUCAUCCAGGGUGAGGAGUUCAUCGACGAUGACCUGGACUCGCAGACUCUAGGCAGCCAUUCCGGUGUGGUCCUGAACAUCAACUCCAGAGAACUACACAGUUACUUGACCAGCUGAUGGCUGUCAUGGCAAUGCUAACGAGCUAGACUAGUCUAGCUGGCUAACGAGCAUAGGACUCCACUCGGCCUUCCUCUUUCUCUCUUCACUACUUCUCCUUUUUACCUCCACACCAUGGCCUCCUGAACCCUUCACCUCCAGCUAUAAUGUGAUUUUUAUUUAGUUUUUUGUCUUCGAGGUGGGGGCUUGUUUGUUGGGGGGUAGGGAGGUCUUGAUAGUGUCACAUUAAGGACACUUGCUUAUCUGUGUUAUGAAAGGAAAGAAAUCUGUGUGUACGUUGUCUCUCACUUGCAGGCACUCAAAAGCAGUGACUAACUACACUGGUUUCCAGUGAUUUCCACAGUCAGAGAGGGUUGAACCAUCCAUUACCAAAAGGCCAUUGCCACUGAAAUUAGGUAGUGGCCAAAGAUGGGUGCACUACAAUGAUUUUCAAGCAUUAGUGUGCGUAAAAUAGUGAAUAUGAAAGAAAAAUAUCUUUAAUCAUAUACCCUAUUUCAUUCACUCUUUGCUUCCCACAAAUAGGCAAUAAUGGUCUCCCAACUAUGAUAAAGUUAAUUUGCAUAUGACAGUGUUAGCAUGCAAACACAAGACGGCGGUGUUGCACUUUUUUUAAAUUCACACUCACAGGUUCUCUGGAAUUAUACUGUAUGUGUUCACAAAGCAUUGUUUUUUUUUUCAAAAUCCCACUGCAUUCAUGUUAUGUUGUCACUCACAAAAGUUUUUGUUUGGACUUCAUCAACAAAAAGCUUUGAAGGAGUUCAUAGUCUGUCCCAUGGUGCCUAAAACAGCAGAAAUGUAUCUGCACAGUGAUAUUUCCAGUUGUCAACAUUAUUUAUUUUUAAUUGGAGUAUGGCCCUUCCUCCUCCCCAAACAUUCUGAGUCAGUUCAAAACGGACUUAUUCCCCCGGAGUCAUACGCCAUUAUGAAGGGAAAGUGUAGUUAAUGUAUUUUACUGUAUCAGCCUAUAUUAGGCACAGCCCACAGUGGAAUAAUGUCUCCUUUAAGGUUUGGUUUGUUGUAUGUAUAUGUUUAAAUAUGAACAAACUCUACUUUGUACAUGUUCCCUUUGACAUGAGUGUGUGAGUGUUUUACACUACUACCAAAAUACACAGCUUUGUUUUGGAGCAAAUAUAUUCGCUCAGUUCCUUUUCCAUUGUAGCCAUGUAUCCAUUUCGAUAAUUAGUGUAAAGUCAUGUGCAAGAUAAUUUUCUGGUCUUCAUUGUUAACUGGAAAUAAUUUCCUUGUCUUAUACUCACACUGAGUUUAACACAUUAAAAGGAAACUUCGGGAUAUGAA